GUCGACUCUUAGAGCAAACUUGUUCAUGAACUUCACAUCACUACCAGCUCUGGUUUAAAACUAGUGUUACUGGAGGGAGUUUGAAGGUUCAGUUUGUUUCACGACUGCAUUUCACACUGUCCCGAUCCUUUUAUUUGAGUUCGAGAAAAAACAACCAACACUCCAGAGAAGUCCAGUCAAAUAAUGAUUUAUUGAUUACAUGUACGCGGGAGAGGUCUGCAGCGUCACUCACUUACAGAGAUCUCAACUAGGAAGCACACAUCACACUAUUAAAGUCCAGCCUCACAAUACGUAAGCAGAUAUCAUAAUAUGCGUCAGUUACUUGACUUCUAUAACACUUAAAAACUGUCCUCACCGUCUCACACUCUGUGUUUCCUGCUGUUUUUUCUCCUCGUACACGUCUCUGAAACAUCCAGAGUACAGUCUGUGCUAAUCUCACUGAGCAGGCGUACAGGCACAGCCAAAUGUCUCUAAUCUUUGCCCUAGAAACAAGUCUAAUAUUUAUCUGUGUCUGUAAGCGAGUUUGCAUUGACCCUCAAAAGACUGAAUGCCAACUCUCAUGAGCACAUUUGCAAUGUGUGUAUGAAAAUAAGUAUAAAUACUUAUUUAAUAAAAGCUCACAAAAUACCACUAAUAAAAGGCCGGUUAGAAUAAUGUAUUUCCCACAAAUCACUGCCUCUGUUUGUAUCUCUGUCACUGCAGGACCAACGUGGAUCGAGAAGUCAGCGCUCUCAGGAGGCUGACAAUUUUGUUGAAGAAAGAAGUGGAAGAAAAAAAUACAACCGUGACGAGUUUGGGAAAGAUUUUACUGUGAAAGCUUCCCUAAAAAUGCAUCAGGUCAUCCACACCGGAGAGAGACCGUUCAGCUGUGGAGACUGUGGAAAGUCUUUUACCAGGUCUGGAAGCUUAAAAACACACCAACUAAACCACAGUGGAGAGAGACCGUUCAGCUGUGACGAGUGUGGAAAGUCUUUUACCAGGUCUGGAAGCUUAAAAACACACAAACUCAUCCACACUGGCGAGAGACCGUUCAGCUGUGACGAGUGUGGAAAGUCUUUUACCACGUCUCGAACAUUAAAAACACACAAACUCAUCCACACUGGAGAGAGACCGUUCAGCUGUGGAGACUGUGGAAAGUCUUUUACCACGUCUCGAACAUUAAAAACACACAAACUCAUCCACACUGGAGAGAGACCGUUCAGCUGUGGAGACUGUGGAAAGUCUUUUACCACGUCUCGAACAUUAAAAACACACAAACUCAUCCACACUGGAGAGAGACCGUUCAGCUGUGACGAGUGUGGAAAGUCUUUUACCGAGUCAGGAAGCUUAAAAACACACCAACUCAUCCACAGUGGAGAGAGACCGUUCAGCUGUGGAGACUGUGGAAAGUCUUUUACGCAGUCUGGAAACUUAAAAACACACCAACUAAUCCACACUGGAGAGAGACCGUUCAGCUGUGGAGACUGUGGAAAGUCUUUUACCGCGUCUGGAAGCUUAAAAACACACAAACUCAUCCACAGUGGAGAGAGACCGUUCAGCUGUGACGAGUGUGGAAAGUCUUUUACGCACAUUUCACACUUAAAAACACACCAACUCAUCCACAGUGGAGUUAAAGCGUACACCUGUGAUCAGUGUGGCAGAGCUUUUACUCACAGUCACAGCUUACAGAGUCAUCUAGUUACCCACUCUGGAAUUAAGGCGUACAGCUGUGACAUUUGUGGAAAAACUUUCAGCCUGAUAGGGAGCCGAAAUACACACCUACGCAUUCACACCAGACAUGAUGUGUACAGCUGUGAUCAGUGUGGUAAACAGUUUACUACAAACACAGAGUUACGACAUCACAUGUUCACCCACACUGAGGAACGACCUUAUAAAUGUGACCUGUGUGAGAAGACUUUUAAAUCUCCACGUUACCUGAAAGCACACCAACAGAUCCACACCAGAAAGACUCUACAAGUGCAGUUACUGUGAGAAGCAGAGCGACACAGAUGGAUCAAGUUCUCAACCCUGUCAUCGCUGUGGGAAAGACUUUUGUUGUGACCUUUGUGGAAAGACUUUAAGUCAUUGAAGGACUCUGAAAAUACAUCAACGUAGACACACUGGAGACAAAAUGAACUACUGUAAAGAAUGUGGGAGAGCCUUCACCACUUCAAAGGACUUCAAACAAUAUGAACUCCUUCACAGUGGCGUUAAAAAGCAUGUCUGCGAUCAGUGUGGGUCAUCCUUCAUCAGUGCACGUCAGCUUGAAAAGCAUAAACGAGUCCACACAUGAGAGAAACCAUACAAGUGCAGACACUGUGACAAAACCUUUUCACAAUCAUGUGAUCAUACUAAGCAUGAACGCAGACACAUGAAAGAAAACUUCAUCUGUGAAAGAGUUUGAGUAAUCUCAGUUCAUACUCCACUCAGAAACGAUUCCAUGUUACAAAUAAACUGUUACGUCUUGAUUCCUGCUUUUACGUUAAUCUUGUAAACAGUACAUUUGCAUAACGACUGAAACCGGCCCAAUGAAUGAACAAUGGGCUGUGAGGUCAAUUUCUUCAUCAUUAAUAUGCAAAUUCUUAUGAGCAUUGAUCA